UAUUUGAAAAUAUAUACACAUAAUUUCUUCUGAAAUGCGGGGAAAAAGCCUUCGUUUUUGCUUCAACACAACACACAGCUCGAGUGUUGAGAAUCUUUAUUGGCAAUGGUAGAUCAGAGAGAUUCAUACUAGAAUAGUAGACACUGCCUCAACUCAAAUCUCUCUCUCUCUCUGAUUUAGUCUUCAAUGUCUCUCCUAAACCAACUCUUCAACAGAGGUGUAUUUGGUGCAAAAUGCAAAACAUGUUUGAAUUUGGCGAUUGCACGGAUCAAAUUGUUGCAAAACAAGAGAGAUUCACAGACCAAACUUAUGCGCAAAGAGAUAGCUCAAUUUUUGCAGACUGGCCAAGAAGCUAUAGCUCGAAUUCGGGUUGAGCAUGUCAUAAGAGAACAAAAUAUAUGGGCUGCCUAUGAGAUUUUAGAGCUCUUCUGUGAAUUUAUUCUUGCACGUGUUCCCAUCAUUGAUAGCCAGAGGGAGUGCCCAACAGAGCUGCAAGAAGCUAUAUCAAGUAUAAUAUUUGCUGCUCCUCGAUGUUCAGAUGUCCCUGAUUUGUUGCUUAUCAAGAAUUUGUUUAGUACUAAGUAUGGAAAGGCAUUUGUCUCAUCUGUGUCUGAGCUUCGUCCUGAUUCCGGCGUAAACCGUACUAUAAUCGAAAAGCUUUCAGUUAGUGCUCCAUCACCAGAGGUGAAACUCAAAGUGUUGAAGGAGAUUGCACGAGAGUACAAUCUGGAAUGGGAUUCUUCUAAUGCCGAAGCCGAACUUAGUAAAAGACACGAAGAUUUGCUGGGUGGAUCAAAACCAAUAACUGGUGGAGCUGGACAUUUUCAGCCUCCCGCAUAUCAGGGCACGUUUAACUCAUCAAACUCCCAAAGGGAAAUCCCAACUUUGCCUAACCAUAUAAUAAAAGAAUCUCAGCAGCCUCAACUUCCAAAUCCUCCGAGUAGGAUGCCUUCAUCAGGUACUAAUGAAAUUCAAGCUUCAACUAAAUAUGAUAAUGCAGCAGCAGUUAGAAAUGUCAAAAUGGAGACAGGACUACAUACAUCCUCCGAUAUCUUGGAAAGAGCUAGAGCUGCGCUUGCCUCUGCAGAACGGGCAACUGCUUCUGCCCGAGCAGCUGCAGAGCUGGCUAAUGUUAAAUUUAGAUAAUCUUAGUAAAUGCUUUGAAGAACAGGUCGAGAAAGUACCAAGCUCUCGCUAUCCAUUGAUUUCAGUUGGAAAAACUCUCCUGAUGGGUCUUAAGGUAUUACUUCUCAUUAUUAGAGAAACUGCAAUAGCUUACUUUGUGUAUACCAUUAAUGUUUUGUAUGUUGAUUAUACAUUAUAACAUUAUAUCUUAUUUUCAAAUAACAAGGUUUGAUUUAUAU